AUGUGUCCAAUGAUUCUUAAUCGCCUCUCGGACGGCCCGGCCACGGUCCUCUCUCCUCCCCGGGAACACGCCUUCGCUCAGUUCGCCUCUCAGUCCUCUUUCCUCGACUCCCCAGGAAGCUUCAACGGCUAUCCGGCAAGCCCCAGCACGGUCUUUGCCAACAAUACUUCUUCGCAGUCUAUCCCCUCGAGCUUCAAUUUCUCGUCUGCCCCUGCGGUUCCCAAGCCAUCCCGCAAAAGGUCCCGUGAUGAGGCCACUCUUGAAGAGGCCGUUGCUCCCAGCGCGCUACUAGGACACCAGGCGGCGCCAGCACCUAAGGUCGAGCCCAUCUAUGGAGAAGGCAUGGUCCUCUUAAAUCCACAGACUGGCCUUGCGAUCUCUGCCGAGAGCCAGACUGGCACAUGGUACGAACAAGAGUCUGAGGUGCAACAGGCUGCCGCUGCACCUGUUUCCUCACGGUCAAACGCGCUGCUUUCUGAUGCUACCGACCUAAGCCGCAAGUCCCAGCGCCUUGAUCAAUCUGCACCGGGUCUGGACGAUAUUGCGUUGUCUUCGAUUCGCCAACGUCUGAACGACCCUAGCUCCAACGAUCAGCACCGCACUCUCAAUGCGGGUCUUGUCCCGCCCGCCGAGCCUCUAGUAGAUGAUGCCACUCGUCUCCUAGGUAUCGGCUGGCAGCGCGUCAACACUGACGGUGACAUGGCUCCUGCUGUUCGUGGCUGGACCAAGUAUAUCGACAACCAAUACUCCGCCCAACUGCGCGACUCCCAGAUGCUCAUGAAAAGCCGCGCUCUUAACGCCUAUCUUGUGGCUGCCACUCCAGCUUCUGGAUCCUCGCCCGCUUUUUAUCUCUUCAGCGAAGACCUCACUCAAGGCCAGCUCGUUGCUUCCUCCUGGGAAGCCUGCCUUCAAAAUCUUCGUAGCUCCCCCAUCAUAUUCGAGGGCGCUGCUCCCCUCGGAGCUACCGACCGACCUAGCGCACAACCCAUCUCCUUCAACUCCAUGGACACUGACGUGCCGCUCCUCCAACAAGCCCUGUCCAACAACCCGCAAGCAUCAAGUCUCGACGAACUGAGCGGAGGCGCGGAAAUGGGUAUGGAGAUCGACUCGUAA